UCAUCGCGGGCGAAUCGGACGGAACGUGCGUGUGCGUGUUUCCCGGAGUUUCGGGUUUAAAAGUGAAAGCAGCGUCCACCCAAGGGGUCAAACAGUCGAUAUCGGUUGCCGCGUUUGGAGAUAGUUCUGCUCCGCGUCCGUUGCCCCAGUGUAUGUGGUUGAAUCGUGCCGCCAGGAUGGUUGUCAGACAUCACGUAAAGUCGUGGGAGGAUUUCACGAAGCUGGCGGAAAGCCUCCAGGGAAAGGGGGAGCCGGUGCACGUCCUGUUCACCGGUGAUAAGGACGAGCAGGGGAAUAGCUGGUGCCCGUACUGUGUGAAGGCUGCACCCGUCGUCGAGGAGGCCCUCAACAGUGGCGUGGCCGCGGAAAACAGCCACUUUAUUGCGGUGGAAAUCGACCGGCCCUUCUGGAAGGAUCUGAACAAUCCGUACCGCAAGGAUCCGCGCACGAAUUUGGUCUUUUUGCCCACGCUGCUUCGCUGGAAAUCGCCGCAGCGGCUCGAUGGCGAACGGGUUUCGAGCAAGGAUCUCGUCGAAAUGCUGCUGGGCGAUGAGGAUUAAAGGCGAGUCUCUUUUUCUCCACGAAUGUUUCGGAUCAUAAAAUGAACAAUAGCAAAGCAACAUCCCUUUCUGUGACAUCGGUUAUAUAUUAAAUGGUCAUCACUUACUACACUAA